AUGACCGUUACCGCCUCGCCACUCAGCUUCACCUCGCUCCCACCGUCCCCACAGGCCGACCCCAAGUACUUUGAGGAGUUUGGCCGCGAGGUGCAUGGCUUCGACCCCGAGAACAAGGAUGUCGUCAUGGACGAGAUCAUGGAGGCACUGUACAAGUACCAGGUCCUCCUGUUCCGCGACCUCAAGCUCACCCCCAAGCAGCAGUUUGAGAUGACUCUGGCGUUUGACCCCACAGCCCAGUCGUACGGCCACGGCAACAACAAGACGGGCAGCGAGAAGAAGAGCAUUCUCCACCCAGACCUCAAGACGAUCCCUCACCGCCCCGAGGUCCAGCUCAUUGGUAACGGCAAGGUGCCGGGCAACUACGAGGGCCUUGAGAGCCCCCAGCUCAAGCACCCGCACCACAAGACGUUCCACCGCGACCCCGUGUCGGACGAGGACGAGGCCAAGGGCAUCACGCGCUUCUACCGCUGGCACAUUGACGCCGCGCUGUACAAGCUCAACCCGCCCAAGGUCACGACGCUGUACGCCGUCAGCGUGCCCAAGGGCGAGUGGCAGACGCUGCGCUACGACGACGGCACCGACGACACGCUCAGCCUCCCCAAGGGCUCCACUGUUUUCGCGUCGGGCAAGACCAUGUUUGACAUUCUCCCGGCCGAGUACAAGUCGGUCGCGGUCCGCACGACGGUCAAGUACGCGCCGCACCCGUACGUGUGGAUGAGCAACGCGCACGCGCUGCCCACGGGCCUGGGUCUCGAGACCGAGGGCCUCGAGCUGCCGCUCGACGAGCUCCCGCCAUGGACAGAGAGCGAGCUCAAGGCCCUGCCCAUGUGCUGGAAGAACCCCGUCACCGGCGGCCUGCACCUGCAGGUCCACCCGUGCGCGCCCCAGGCCUUCUCCAUCGCGCCCCUCCCGGCCGGCGCACCCCGCGACAGCACCACGCUGUACCCCGACGGCGCCGAGAUCACCGACAUUGGCGAGGUCCGUGAACUGCUGUACAAGCUCCAGCGCCCAGGUAUCGACCCCAAGCUCCUGUUCGCCGCCGAGUGGAAGGAGGGCGACUUGGUCCUCUUCCAUAACCGCGGCCUCUUGCAUUCCGUCACGGGCGCGUUUGCGCCCGACGAGCUGCGCAUGUUCCACCAGUGUAACCUCGCGGCAUCGACCGAGCCCGUCGGUCCCGACGCGGCGGACAUGGCGGCGUACGCUUAA